UACUCAUUCUGUCAAACUGUUUAUGAAAUGUACAUGGAAAUGUAACGGUUAACGGUUUUCGCGAAAAAAUUUUAAACGCUAACGAAACAAUACACGUACAUAUAUCCACAUACAUCCUAUCCGUUUGUGCGUAUCGAGAGGCUCGUACACUGUCACUGUGAGAUCGUACUGUGGUCCGUGAUCAAGCCUGAUGUUUGGAACAAUCGACGCUGCCGGACCGAACAUAUCACAGUGAUCCAGUUCUGGGACAUGUGUCACACGGACGAUAGACUCGGUAAAGUGAUCGAUAUUCCUCGUGCGUCUCCCACGUGCAGCGUGUCCCGAAAUAAAAAAUGGCCAGCCGAGAUCCGUCCGUUUCCUCCAAGAUUGCGGACGACCACAGCGUCGAGACGUUGGCGGAAGUUUUUCGAUGUUUUAUUUGUAUGGAAAAAUUGAGAGAUGCGCAUCUUUGCCCUCACUGCAGUAAAUUAUGUUGCUAUACUUGCAUCAGAAGAUGGCUUACCGAACAGCGUUCUCAAUGUCCUCACUGCCGGGCUUCUCUUCAUUUACAUGAAUUAGUAAAUUGUCGUUGGGUCGAAGAAGUGACCCAGCAGCUUGAUACAUUGCAAGCUGUUUGCAUAUCUAACUUUCGACAUGAUGAUUCUGGCAGAGAUAGAUGUGUAACACAUCAGGAGAAGUUAUCUGUGUAUUGCUGGACUUGUCGCAAAUGUAUUUGUCAUCAAUGUGCUCUCUGGGGUGGUACUCAUUCAGGUCACACUUUCAAACCUUUAGAAGAUGUUUAUGAACAACAUGUUACUCAGAUAAAAGCAGAAGUAGGUCAGUUAAAUAGAAGACUUAUGGAAUUGAUCAGCCUUGUUCAAGAAGUGGAAAGAAAUGUUGAAUCAGUGAGAGCUGCAAAGGAUGAAAGAGUCAGGGAGAUUAGAAAUGCAAUAGAAUUAAUGAUAGCUCGUUUGGAUUCUCAGUUGAAAGCUAAAUUAUUAACUCUGAUGGGUCAAAAGAACUCAUUAACUCUAGAAACCGAACAACUGGAAGCUUUGUUACAAGAGGUGGAAUAUCAAUUGCACACAUGCACGCGUUCCGAAUUGAUUACCAAAAGCGCUGAACUUUCUCGCAAAAUACAUCAAGUUCGCAAGAAGCCAAUGACUAGUUUCGUUACCGCUCCAGUACCUGCCGACUUUCACAGCGAGAUUGUGCCGGGUUACGAUAGUGCAACAUUUGCCAUGCAAAACUUUACUCAGCUUCAGCUGAAAGCUGAUCCUGUAUACUCUGCACCAUUACAUGUGAAUGGACUGUGCUGGCGAUUGAAAGUAUAUCCAGAUGGCAAUGGAGUUGUACGUGGAAAUUAUUUAUCAGUAUUCUUAGAACUUAGUGCUGGAUUGCCAGAGACUUCAAAAUAUGAAUAUAGAGUCGAAAUGAUUCAUCAAGGUUCUCGUGAUACAAGUAAAAACAUCGUUCGCGAAUUUGCGUCUGAUUUCGAAAUCGGCGAGUGUUGGGGAUAUAACAGAUUCUUUCGAUUAGACUUACUUGCAACAGAAGGUUAUUUAAAUACAGAAUUGGAUACUCUUAUAUUGAGAUUCCAAGUACGACCGCCGACAUUUUAUCAACGCUGUAGAGAUCAACAGUGGUACAUUAGCCAAUUAUUGACCGUCCAAAAUCAAUAUGCCAGUCAGAUUAACGAAUUGAAGGAGAGACUAGCGAUAGAAAUUUCUCGUAAUGCUAUGGCGGCUACAAGAGCUACUAAUGGAACUACAAUGUGCGGAUCAAAUGCAAAUGCAUCGCAGUCUACGCAGCAACAACAGCAACAGGAUAUAAACGAGCCCGUCACAAGUUCCAAUAAUACGCGAACAAUUGAUACAUACCCUACUACAAAUGGAACAUCAGUGAGAUCGAUACCGAGUACACUUCCUAAUAAUAAUGGCAAUUCUGCAAUACUGAGUGAUCAAUUAAUGCCGAUGUGUGAGCUAAGCGAGCUUUCUAUGCAUACCUUUGGUUCUAUAUCGACAUUACCAUCGAAGACGCCGUUGAAAACGCAUCGAGCCAAUAAUAAUUUGAACGUCAUCGAGCCCGAAAGUAUUACAUCGCCACAUCGUGCCAAUGAUAUAUCGCUGGGAGAAUGCAAAGCUACAGGAAUUCAUCUAACUUCCACAUCAUCGCCUUAUUCGUCACCCAAUGUACUUAAUCAACAGCCGGUGAAUUUACUGUCUAAUAACAGUGCCAGCGAUCCUUUACUGUCUGUAUCAACAUUAUCAUCGAUGACGAACAACGCGCAUCGAAUCAAUAACUCGAAUAUCAUGGAAGGCGAGAUUGCACAACGUUGCGCCAAUAAUGCAUCGCCGGGAGAGUGCCAAGCUGCCAAUACCGGUGCCCAUCCCUCGUCGUCGUUUUAUUUACCCCCGACAUUGAAUCUUUCAUCUAGUAGUAGUAGCAGCAGCGACAGUGGUGAAUUAAGCGAACAUGAUAUUUAUGUGGAUGAAAGUGAACAUAAUGAGCCUAACAUCACGCUCUUGGAUUUGACGAAUGAUGAAAACGAUGUAGAUGACGAAACAAUGUCAGGAGAGAACGAUGUUGAAGUUGCGGAAUCUCUUGCAUCGUGGGUUCAAAAUAAUCAGCGUACUAAACAACAAAAUAAAAGAGAUGCUGUUGCAGAUAAAUGGUUGAGGGAAAUAAUGCUGCUACGCUUGUUCGAUAUGCAGGACAAGAAUUCUGCAUGGAACUCUUUAUGUCUUGGUCAACAAGCGGAUGGGAACUGCGAUUCUAGGAGUUCACUCACAAAUCUACAGCGCCGUAGUUCCAGUCCGUUGCACUGUAACGUUCCAGUACAAUCUACCGCGACCGCUGUGUACUCACACAAGCGUCCUGAACUUGACACUGCCACUUGCAACGAUUUAAAUCUAAACACUGGUAACAAACAUCUUAAUUGCGCAUUUCAUCAUUCCCAACCGCAAGCGUUUUGCGAUAGUAAAGCUAAACUGAAUCGACUGCCGAGCAUCUGUCAAUCAGAAUUGACUGCUUCCGGUAGUCAAGUGACCAGAUCCGAACCUGCGACGCGUUCCAACUCAAUAGAUUGCGAAAAGGAUCUCCCACAGCUGCCAGAAGUUAAUAAAGUUAACCACGAUGUGGAGUCGUCCAGAUUGCGUCUAGAUCUAAUAGUGCCAAACGUACUUUUGGACAGUAACAAAAUUAUAUCGAAGCAUUUAUUGUCGCGACGUCAAUCCUCUCCGAGCUCGUCCACUAGCAUGAAUUUAAUAAAUGAUAAUAGCAAAAUAUUCGAGUUUGACCAAUUAUUUGAAACCAUUCAAUUGUCAUCGGGGUUGCAGAAAGAUACAAGUACUUGUGGUACACAGUCAAGGAAAAAUACUUUGUCCGAUGUAAAAAAUAACACUUGCACUGCCAAUGGAAAUUCCACUGCACAAGAGGGUAUAUCAUCAUCAUCUAUAGAUACUGCGAUAAUGAUGGAUACUAUUCCUAGUCCUAAUAGUUAUAGUUGGUCACCAGCAUUGUAUCAGCAUACACAUGGAAAACAAAAAGCUGUUUUAGAUGUUGCUAUACAAAGUACUUCGAAUAAUACUCCUAAUAAAACUAUCGAUAAAUCUACAGAAGAAGCCACCAGUUUGUCCUAAUAAUUUAUAAUUUAACUAUAACAUAGCAGAUGUUCUGUGAUUUCUAUUUUAAAUGUUAAUUAUAUAUACGAAAUUAAGAGAGAAAGGAAUAAUUAUUUUAUCAAUCAAAAAGAUUCUGGGAUGCAUACAAAUUUAUAUAUCAUGUUUAAUUCUUUUUCUUGAUUUUAAGAGAAAAUCAAUAAACACAUCUCUUAAAUUUA